UUCCCUAUUCCUAUUGGCUGUUGCCUGGCAUUGUGAGAUAGGCUUGACAAUCCCGCGUUUUUGUUUCACUGUAAGCUGCUGGAGUGACGAAGUGCAUGCAAAUUUUGAUUGUGAAAAAUAAUAAUGAGUGACGAUCAGAACUCUGAGGGACCUCCCCCGGUACGUAUAAUAUUUUUACUUCAAACGGUUAUAUUGCGUCUCCGGUAACUCUUACGCGAUAUGCAAGUUACAUAUGCAAGGAAUUACCUAACCUAUUUUCUAUGUAUAUAUCGCAAAAUUAUUAAUUAAUCACUGGCCAAUUUAAUACUGCCAGUAUAAAAUUUCAGUAAAGGAUAUUUUAAUUUUGUUGUGCUGAAAUUGUUCAACAAUAAUGAUGUUGAGGAAGAAUUGGAAGAAAACAACUUCUAUGAAAUAGGAUUGUCUAAAUGGCUUUUUGAAGUAGAUGAAAAUAUGAUUGGAAUGACCUAUUGGCCCCCUAGCAAUCAAAAUGUGGCACUUUGUGUUCGAGAAGAAAGAGCAGCUGAUCCCAAAACUUGGGACAAACUUCGCAUCGAGGUUAAAAGAUAUAAGGAAACUUACAUAGCUGCCAGAAACACUUUAAACGGAAUCAUAAAAUUCAGCUCGGCAUAUGAAACAGAAACUGAGUUUGGACGAGGGAUGAGAAGAAAAGCAAAGCGAAAGAGGAUUCUCUCUUCAUCAGAUUCCGAAGAAGAGGCGGUUGAGAGAAAGCAAGUGAGGCUAAAGUCCAAGAUUUAUAAUAUUCCUCCCCCACCUUUCCCACCUCCCCCACCUUCUGUGCCAGCACUGGAAUCAACUAGUCUAUCAGGAUUAAAGAAUUCUCAGAGAAGUAAGAAUUUUGAAAAUAAUGCAAAAGCAAAGAAAGACCAGCAUAAUAUGCCCAGAACUGAGAUUGAAUCCUCAUUCCCCUCACGAGGAAAUCCGAAAGAAUCUAGGAAAUCUGCCAAUUCAAUUCAAGCUGGAAAACAAAAUGUUGGUUUAUCAAGCAAAAAGAGUACUGUCAUUACAAAACUGUCUGCAGGGGCACGUAUCAAGGAAAAUGCCCAAAAGAGAGCAGUGAAAGAUAGUAUAACUAUGUCUAGCAGAGAUCAACUCGUAGCAAAGCUAGAGGCAUUGCGUGAGAAAUCUAAAGAGAAGAAAAUUAUUGAUGUAAGUUCCUCUUUCGUCCCACAGAGUAGCCGUAAUGAGUCUUCAGAUUAUUUAGAUGUGGAUGAGGAAUCAUUUUUAAAGGCCAACUCACUAGAAAUAGAGGAGUCGUCAGUAAAUGAAGAGGAUUUGUCUGAAAAUAUGUUUCAGAGUAAAAGGUCUACUGGAUUAUCCACUUUAAUUACACAAAAUGAUGUUGAAGGUUAUCAAACUUCUGCAUUCUCAGACUCAACUCUGAACUGCACACCCACUGAAUCACCUAUACCUAUAUCUGUUUUUCCUUAUAAGAGUUCUGGAAAAGACUGCAAUGGUUCAUCGAUUUAUCAAGAAAAAGACAUUGUUAUGAUUCAUCAAAUGAUACGUGAUCUCAGCAGCAAGGUUGACAUUGCACUUAUGAAUAUCAACAAGUUAUGUAGGAUCCUAAUGCCUCAUGAAAAGAGAAUUACAAGACCAGAAGGUAUGCCAUCUCUGCCUUUGAAAACAUUAAAAGACUUCGACAUGUUCGAAAAAUUUUUGGAGCAAGGUGUUAACCAGAGUGCAAUGACUGAUUAUCUGGAUGCUUUUCCUGUUCCACCCAAAGAAUAUAAUGCUACAAUGUGUUUAUUGGCUACAGUUAUGACAAACGGUUUGGCUUCUAAUUUUAACUUUGAUGGCCAAAAGUACAAAUUAGGUUUCCAAAAAACUCGCUUGUGGAAGACUAUUGAAGCAACACUCCUGCGUAAGUAUGAAGGCAGCCAACUUACUGAUGGCUUUAAGGCAGUUAAGUCAUGGCUGCGGAAUGCACCUUGGCGAUUAGGGGGUCAAGGAUCUCUGAAGCAAAGAGCCAAUGCGACAAUCUAAAAUAUUACAGUUUCUUUCUUUCUUUAUAAGUCAUUUAUUGUACUAUAAUGAAUAUUUCAAGUACUAAUGUAAUUUUUUUAAAUUUAUUUUUUAAUAUUGAUUGUGAUAUUUUGUCAGUUAAGAAAAUUCAUGUAGUAUUGACUGCAAAAAUCCUUGUAUACAGGGUGUUACAGAAUGACCGUAUCAGGCGUUAAUUUGGAAAAAUAUGCAUUAUGGUGAAAAAUGUUUCAGACAAAAGUUGUUUGGUUUCGAGGGUGAUA